AUGAACCGAUUCGUCAAUAAAUUUGCAUCGUCACCUCUUCAGCUGCCCCGCGAGGUAUCGCCUAUCAACAUGUGCGGUCAAUGGGAUGCCGCACAACAGAUGGCUUUCCCCUCCUUUGACAUUCCCGACGUGCACAACCCUGUUGAUUUCCUCAGAGGUGUAACAGACGAGUCUUCGCCUGAAUACAAGAUCAAGAUUCAGCACGGCACAACCACCCUUGCUUUCCAAUUCAAUGGUGGUGUUGUCGUUGCUGUGGAUUCAAGAGCUACUAUGGGAAACUACAUUGCAUCACAAACCGUGAAGAAGGUCAUUGAGAUCAAUCCUUAUCUUCUCGGUACCUUGGCUGGUGGUGCUGCCGAUUGUCAGUACUGGGAGCGUGAGUUGGGCAAGCGCUGUAGAUUGUAUGAAUUGAGAAACAAGGAACGCAUCUCGGUUGCCGCUGCUUCAAAGAUGCUGGCAAACAUGGUCUAUGCUUACAAGGGAAUGGGUCUUUCUAUGGGUACUAUGGUUACUGGAUGGGACAACUCUGGACCCAAUAUCUUCUACGUUGAUUCCGAUGGCACACGUCUCAAGGGUGAUAUAUUCUCGGUUGGUUCUGGAUCCACAUUUGCCUAUGGUGUUCUUGAUAGUGGUUAUGAUUAUGACCUUUCAGUAUCUGAUGCUAUUGAGCUUGGUAAGAGAUCCAUCUAUCAUGCUACUCAUCGUGAUGCCAUGUCUGGUGGUUCAGUCAACUUGUACCAUGUUACCAAGGAAGGCUGGGUCUAUCAUGGAAACCACGAUGUUGGCGAGCUCCACUGGGAUUACCAAGAUGAAGUUGCAAAAGGAGGACAGUAA